ACAUAUGUUGAUAUAUUAAUCGUGCUGUCGCGCAAUCAUACUCCUAUCUUUUUUUAUUCGGCCCCAUUUCUUCCAGUUCGACACUAAAUUCUUGAAUCGGACGAGUUAAAUUAUUUGGCAGCUUGCAAUCUGCACUGUUGUAACAAACACAUUCUAUUGUACUGCCCUCGGCGAGUUACUCGACUUGCUUUUAAAAGGCUUGUUGGUUGUACUGUCCACGUGACUUUUACAAGUUUGACUUUACUUUCAAUAUUUAUCGCACUCCUGCUCUGACGUGUAGAUUUAUAUACCAUGCCCGUACAUAACACGCUGCAAUGUGUUGACUGUGUUCUGUUGGAAUUAAGACUCUUUUUAUGUCGUUUUCCUUUCUUCUGGCCCUCUCAACGUGCUCACGUUAAUCUCAGGAUCUGUUGGCAACCGGCCAGGAUGUGUGUUGUCUUGCAUCCUUUGCAUAUAGUAGAAUCCUUAAGCUAUCAGCAGACGCAGCCAAGUGCUCCAUAUUUGGCUUAUGUUACACACACGCAGUGAGAGCGAGCGCUAGAGGAGAGAAGCAGAGCAGGAGUGGUGUCUGCAAGACAGACAUUACUACACGGCUACAAGCUCGGCUCCCUUCAUCGCGGAGCGCCGCGUCUUGGGCAUCACCGCCUUUUUGAUGUUGUUUAUGGACAACAAAACAUCUUGAUGUGAAGCCUAUCUGUGAUGGGAAAAUUGAACAGAAUCUAGAAAUUAGAGCAAUCCAUCAUACAGACCUGAUGAUGUAAGACCAGAGAAUAGCACAAAUAAAGAAGAAGUCUCAUUAGCAUACAGCAAGAGAAAAGGUGUGUUAUUGUUUCAGAACCUGUCCAGAGGAGCUGAAAAGUUCCAACAUUUCAAACUAAAGUUGUAACUCUGGGACUGACCAAGAACCUGAAUUCCAGGGCCCAGAAGGAAGGGCAAGAAUUUUUUUGCAGGGGUUUCUAACAUGAACUGAUUCCUUUCUGGACAUUUACCUUGUAAUGGUUAAGACACACUGAAGAUCUGUGAUCUAAUGGACACACCUGAAAGGUCUGACUUUGAUGAAUGAUGAUUGAAGAGCUACAUUUCAUAUGAUUCCAGAGUGGUUGUGAAGAAUUCGAGCUGGAGGAAAUGGUGCCUCAUGCAGUUCUUGGAUCAUUUUGGGAUGAACUGCCAGAAAAUAAAUGCGACAUCCAAGUUAUCAAGUUAGAAUCAAAGCCUAAAAGACACUAAGCAAGUCUUUUAAAAAUGAAAUCAAACCAGGAACGCAGCAAUGAAUGUUUACCACCCAAAAAGCGGGAGUUUCCUAUUAACAACCUGCCGUUGGCGGAGAAGGCAGGAGGUACAGCAGCUACUGUGAGUGAGAGCAGUCGCAGUGAAAACUUGGCAUGGCUCGCCAAUGUAGCUAGCAGCCAAAGCAGUGUGGGAAUGAGGUAUGGACAAGGCAAAGUUGCAGGAGAAACACCAGUGGAAACUGGCUUCCCACUGUACAAACCACUAGCAACUGCAGUGGACUAUUCAUCACCUGGAAAUGUUAGAUCAGCUCCAGGGGUAACACAUCUUCGUGCUGUUUAUUCAUCUUCAGCAUUGGCUCAGCCAGGACCUUCUGCAUCACCAAUAGAAUAUGCCCCAAUUCAGCCUGCUGCUUUCCAGUUUGUUGGGCCACCUUACAGCGGACCAUAUGCUGGACCUGCUGCAUUUGUCCCUUCCCCAUUAAUCUCCUCAACAGCUUCAAAUGCUUCUGCCACUCCAUCUCAGUAUUCCCAUCUAGAACCCUACUCUACAAUCUUUGCCAGUAUGGGUAGCCCAACCCAGCAUAAGGUUGAACAGCAGGUAGUCAGGCCUCACAGAAUGAUAACUCCACCUCAACCUACAGUGCAAAACCAGUAUGUGCAAAUUUCGAGUUCAUCUCCAAAUGUGACUAGACCCCUGUCCCCUACAACAGUUCCCCUGCAUUUGCACUCUCACUCUUCUCUGAUUCCGCAUACACUCUCAGUCAGUACCCCAUCACAGGUGGUUCUCCAAUACGCAGAUACUGGAUACCAUGUUGCAUCAAGGGAAUCUGUAAGAAAAGUUGAAGACAUCAGGCCACAUUUAGUCCCAAGAAGGGAAGUAUCAAAUGGUGAAGUUGAAAAAAGCAGGAGAUACGCCAUCUCACCCAGCACAGAAAUGAACAUGGAGAAAGCCGCAAACAAACCAGUUUCUCGUCAUUAUGAAAUAAGGCACGGGACCCAUAGGGUUGUUCAUCCAAGUCCUGCUGACUAUAAUGCACAAGAAUCUUUAGGUCCUAGAGCCUCGGUAAUGAUUAUACCCAAUAGCCACACAUCUACGACAGAUCUGGAAGUCCAACAGGCCAUUGACAGGGACAGCUCUCCUGUGGCACUGUAUGAUAAGACUAACUUAAAUCAUGGGAAAGCUGCCUUUUCUCCACAUUCUGUCAUCCAAACUACCCAUAAUCCCACUGAGCACCUCUCUAUAGGACUACCUGCUAGUGCUGUGUAUCCUAGCUCUCAACAGCCACUUAUUGGUUACAUAAGCAGUCAGCAGCAAGCACUUAGUUACCAUGGGAACUUGCAACAACAUCUUGUAAUCCCAGGCACUCAGCCCCUCCUUAUUCCUGUAUGCAGUACAGCAGUUGAAGCAUCGGGGAUAACAUCUACAAUAGCAACAACAUCUUCUCAGUUUGCUGCAGUGCCUCAUCCAUUUGCCAGCACAGCCAGUCCCAAAAGUGAGAAUUAUCAUCCUGACUCACUUGUUACUCAGCCAACUUAUCACCCAACAGUUGUACAGGCCCAAGUACACCUACCAUUAGUGCAGUCAGUGAACUCUCCUGUUGCAGCUUCUAAUCAACUGCCUCCUUACUUCAUGAAAGGUUCAAUCAUACAGCUAGCUAAUGGAGAGCUUAAAAGAGUUGAAGACUUGAAAACAGAGGACUUCAUACAAAGUGCUGAAAUCAGCAGUGACCUGAAGAUUGACUCUAGUACUGUGGAGCGUGUUGAAGGCAGUCACAACUCCAGCUUUGCUGUCCUGCAGUUUGCAGUUGGAGAACACAGAACACAGGUCAGUGUUGAAGUUCUGAUGGAACACCCGUUUUUUGUUUUCGGAAAAGGCUGGUCGUCAUGUUGCCCGGACAGAACCUCUCAACUCUUUGGUUUGCCAUGUUCAAAACUUUCUGUUGGUGAUGUUUGCAUAUCUCUUACACUGAAAAAUCUAAAAAAUGGCUCUGUCAAGAAAGGACAGGCUGUUGACUCAACUGGUGUUUUGUUGAAGCACCCAAAGAAUUAUAGUAUACCUGAGAACAGGCCCCGGCACUUGGAGCGAGAGAAUGGGGUCGUGCAGGGAAGUGUACCAGUUGUGUCAGAAAAUUGCAAAUUGAAGUUUUCUGAAACCAAUACAGUACAGUCUGCAAGGUCUUGGCUCAAUAAAACAGAGGUCGGGCGGCCUCCAACAAGGAAAAGGAGGUGGUCUGCUCCUGAAACACGAAAAGUAGAGAAAACAGAUGAAGAGCAGCCAUUGAAUCUUCCCAAGCCUUCCUUCAUUCCUCAGGAGGUUAAGAUUUGCAUUGAAGGACGGUCCAACGUAGGCAAGUGAAGGCACUUCGGGGAGCAGUGGAAGCUCAAAAAUUUAAAAAUCUAUAAUACUGUACUGUAGACUUAAAGCUAGAAAAAAAACCCAGUAUUUACAUGUUAUCUGCUUGUUAUUUUAGUUUUUUUGUUAAUAACAUGUUGUAAUAUCUUCAAAUGGUGUUAAGGAGGAGACUGGUAACUGUUCUUUCCACAUAGUUCUGACUAUUCACUGCUUAGUGAAUGCUCUUAAGAAAAUUCUCACCAGGAUUAUUCCUAUCAUGAUCAGAAUCCAUUAAUGUCUUCUCUGGUACUGUUUUUAAUUUCUUAAAAAUUCAGUUGAUAUUUAGUAAUGAUUGGUGCCACUUUCUUUUUGUUUUCCCCACGUUCACUUGAAUGUUGUGCAACACAACAAAGUGAGGGGGUGGUCUUUAAGCACUUGCAAUUCAGUAAUAUUUAUUUACUGGGUAUCUUGGUCUGAAUGCUCAAAGUCAUACCAAAAUGACAAGUUUAGUAUUAUCUGUAAACACUGUUAUCCAUGUAGAGCUAGAUACUGAACUGUAAAGGAAAAGGGAACUGAAGAAUGAUUUGUCUAGAACGAAUUGUAGAUUCAAAUUGUCUGGAAGAAUGAGAAUCAUUGAUCCUGAUUCUUGUGUGAAUGAUUAUGUAUGGUAGCAGCAGUCCACUGAUGACUGCUUGUUCAGAAAGCACUUUUUAAAUGUAAUGCUUCAAAAAUGGGAAAAGAUCCCACAGAGAGUUAAAACAGAAUCUGGAAGAGAAAUCCUGGGUUAUCCAGUGUUUAACUGUUGUACUUUUAAAGCAUUUGACAAUUUGCACACCUUGAGAGUCAACAAUCAUGCAGUGAAUCUGUUAGUUGUGUUUUCUCUCUCUACCUUUUUUAAAAAAAGGGGCAAUUUUAAAAAAAAAAGACGUAGCGAUCAUUGUUUGGCCUGCCUUAGCAUUGGGACCUUCCCACAGUGUUUCUUCGGAUAUCAAGUUGAGUGGCUGGCUCAAAAGUCUGUCAUAUCUAUAAAAUUAAAUCUCUCUUAGGACAGCUCAAAAUGAUACCAGUAAAUGUUCCUAGUAACUUGCCAUUUUAAAAAAAUAUCAAAUUCCUCAAUAAACAGAUCUUUGAAAAAUUAAAGAUGGGUUCAAAUAGUGUAAUAAAAAGGUUUCUUAUCUGCUUAAUUAUAUGUUACACAGGAAUGUCAGUGUACACCAGUGAUAUAUUAUGAUUCUAAGAAUUUGUACAGGAUUUUACUCAUUCAAAUCUUUCAGUCAUCUUCAAGUAGAGUUUAAAUUAGAUUCUUUUUUAGUAUGACAUACACAGUGCUUUUCCAAGCACAACACAACAAUUCAAAUGUAAUUCAUCAAAAAUGCAGUAUUUAAAAUGAACAAAGCCUCCUUUGAAAAUGCAGUUUUUUUUUCAUAAUAGGUUCUCAAAUAAAACUGAAAAUUGUUGGAAGUGAACAGGGGGUGAUAGCUUUUUUAAUUUGUGCAAGUAACUUGAAGUCUAGCUAGCUUUGGAAACUUUCUAAUUUCUUAACUUGUAGCUGGCAGUUGCAUCUUUAAGAUAAUAUUCCAAAGCUGUUUCGAGAUCUUAAUGGGGAGGGGAAAUGUUGGGUCAAAAGACUUGGGUAUCGUAGAAGCUUAUCAUAAUUAAACCUCUGAACCACGCACCAAAAUAGCUGGGCAGGUUUUCAAUAUUUUGCACAUUCACAUUGCUUGGUUAGUGCUGGGUUCCUAAUGAUAACAUGUUAAUUCUGCUCAGUAAAUGCAUUAGCCCUUUCAUUAACUUGCUCAGGGCAGUCACAUUCUUUUAUUUUUUCUUAACGUCAGAUGGUAAGAGGUAAUUGAAAUGGAAGAACAAUGGAGUACAGAGAUACAUAUGAGAUUUUAGCCAAAAUAAUCCAGUACCACUAUACAUUUAAACAGGUGAUUUUGUUAUUCCCCAGCCUGGAAGCAGGGACUCAUUUAACUGACUGGUUUUGCUGAAGAAACACUACAGGAAAUAGUCAGGCACAAUGCGAAAAAUUUAGUUACUUGUUUUAUAUUGAUUUAUAAGUAGGAAUUCCAAAUGUAGAACCAUGCCAGGUCAUACUCGAUCCAACUGCCUGUUGCUCUGAAUUUAUUUGCUUGUGCAAUAACCUUUUAUUAAAAGUGCCAAGUUUAGUCAGAAAGUUCACAUCUUUUAGCUUACAUUUACAAAACUAUUAUUUGCGUUUUUUGCUUUUCUUUGUACUGCUGCCUUUUUUAAACUGAGUCCCUGGCCUCCUCUUUUUUUAAUAAAAAAAAAGUAGCUGGAUCAGAAUACAAGGAAAGUUUUUUUCAUUUAUAAUCAGAUCAGCCGUGUGCCUCUACAAAAUCUGAUUCGCAAUAGUUAACUGACAGCAGGCUAUUUUUUAAAAGUUUCUAGUGGACAAAAAUAAAACAAGAAUUCGCACAAAGGUAGUCAGGGUAAACCCACCUGUAAGUAGACAGUUACAAAUAUUUACUGACUGUUCCUAUAGUAAUAGAGAUUUCCACCUACCACACCUUUUUAAUUUGUCUGGACAGGAUGAUUGGAGAGACCCUUUCACACCUCUUACUCAGGGAUGGGGCUGGUGUGCAUGUGGAACACUGAUAUAACCAGAAGCAGCACUUUCACUAACUCUGAAGCCUAAUUUCUUUUUAACAAACCUAGCCUCAAAUAUUGUUACCUUACUGAUCAGAUUGUCAUAGUGCUGUAUCUGGUUGGGACCUUUGUAAACAAAUUGCUUUCAAAAGGUUUAACAGUAAAGGCUCACUCAUCGAUUAGUACAGGUAACAUGAAGCUAUUGCACAUGGAGAUUUGAAUGUUGGUGGAAGGUUACUCAGUUUUUGAAAGGCUUGGAUACUGUUUAAACUAGCUUUGACUUUCAUAUCUUGUAAUAUAUUUGAGGGGGGUACCAUUAAAGAAGUUGAAGGUUAAAUUUAGUUGUAUAUUUUAAUUUGUAAUGUCCAGGAGAUUGAUCUGUUCAGGCUGUGGCAAGAAUGAAGUACUGUACAAAGAGGCUUUUAGAUGUGCAGCCAGUUUGUGAAUAGUCCCAGAUAUGAACUGCUGCUCCUGAGUUUGCUAUGUUUUUGGUUGUUAGUACCUAUUGAAAGUUCUAAGUCUUCCAUUGAGAAUCAAUUAGAGGCGGUAAUUGUCUUUUUUGUUUUCUUCAUGGACUGACUAAGCUGUGGUCACCUAAUGGCAAUGGCCAGUAGAUGCAGGAAAAUGGGGGCGGGAAAAAUGUUUUGCACCUUACUGAUGAGGAGAGAGAUUUUUCAGUGCAUAAAUACGUAGUUAAGAGCUUUCAUUGUGAAAGGGGGACGUUUUCCGUACACGUGCGUAUUCUAUGUAAUUCCAGUGUACAAUAUUGUACUUGCACUAGCUUUUUUUAAACAAUUAUACAAAUGGAAGAAUUCAUAUUCUAUUUUCUAAUCGUGGUGUGUCUAUUUGUAGGAUACACUCGGGUCUGUUGAAUUUUAUGGUCCCUUUCUUUGAUGGUGCUUGCAGGUUUUCUAGUUAGAAGUUAUUUCAUUAUGAUGAUAAUAUUUGAUCCAGACUUUGAACAAAUUUUGUUUUAAAGAAAUUGUCUGUAUACCAGUACAAGUUUAUUGUUUCAGUAUACUCGUACUAAUAAAAUAACAGUGCCAACAGCAACUGUUUCCUCUA